CACAAAGGUGGCUCUCUUUUAACCCGGCCAUUUAACUCUUUUGGAGAUGGCGUCACCAUUUAUUAAUGAUCCGGUGGAGCUGGGAGCCAGGAUUGUCCGUGGGUCACUGCGGAGGCAAAGGCAAUUUAGGGAUCGUGCGGAUCCGCUGGCAUUUCCUGACAAUAUUCUCCAUGAGCGGUAUAGAUUUUCAUCUGAGGGAAUACGCUACAUUUGCUCACUUGUUGAGCCAAGUGUCAGGAAUGCCACGGAUAGAAGUUGUGUGCUCACAGUAGGGCAAACGGUGUGUGUGGCGCUCCGUUUUUUAGCCACGGGAACCUACAUGCAUUCAGUCGGUGAUGCAGAAAAUCUGAGUAAGAACACUGUGUGUCGUGCUAUUCACAAGGUGGUUCUUGCUCUCACUGAGAGGCUGAAUAUGUUUGUGGUAUUCCCUAGCCAUGUGAGCGCACUAACUGUUAAAGAGGCAUUUUACCAACUAGCAGGAUUCCCGAGGGUUAUGGGUGCAAUAGAUUGCACCCACAUCCCAAUCACAGGACCCUUGGGGGAGAACGAAGGCGACUAUAUAAAUAGGAAAUCCUUUCAUAGUAUCAAUGUGCAGAUGACUUGUGACCAUCAGCUUUUGGUCACCAGUGUUGAGGCAAGAUGGCCUGGGUCGGUACACGACAGCAGAAUCUUUAGAGAGUCUUUACUGGGUCACCAGUUAGAGCAAGGGCUCUUUGAUGGACUGCUUGUGGGGGACAGAGGGUAUCCCUGCACGAGAAACUUAAUGACCCCCUAUCCUGACCCUGCCACAGCAUCACAGAGCCGCUUUAAUGUGGCUCUGGGUAAAUGCAGGGUCAGGAUAGAAAUGACCAUUGGGGUCAUCAAGUCCCGUUUUAACUGCCUUCGUGGGCUGAGGGUUCGCCCAGAGAGGGCAUGCAAAAUCAUUGCAGCAUGUGUGGUGCUGCAUAACAUUGCAGUAAUAAGAAAAGAAAGGGCACCACAUGUCCCAUUGGUGGCACCAGAUGAAGUGGAUCCUGUGACUGUGGACCAUCCCACCGGUGCAGCCAUCCAGCAGGCCAUAACAACACAAUUUUUCAGUGAUUAA